AUGAGCUCGUCCACCGCCGCCGCCGCCUCCUCUCUGCCCCCCGACCUGUUCGACACCACGACGCUCGUGUCGCUCACCGCAGCGGCCAGCAUCGUCGUUGUCGCCUACGCCGUCUCGCGCCGGGCCCUCGCCGCGUCCACGUCGACGGCGCUACGCUUCCUCUUCAUCUGGCACCUGGCGGACGCGCUGUGCCACUUCAUCCUCGAGGGCAGCUUCCUGUACCACUGCUUCUUCUCGUACGUCGAGGCCGGGGCGCCCGCGGCGGCGGGGCUCGUGGCGACGCCGUUCAACUACCUCGGGCACGGCGCGGCGCGCGUGUACGGCCCACAGGCGGGCGCCGCCGGCAACCCGUUUGCGCAGCUGUGGAUGGUGUACGCGCGCGCGGACAGGCGCUGGGGCGGCGCCGACCUGGGCGUCAUCAGCCUCGAGCUGCUGACCGUCUUCUUCGACGGGCCCGUGGCGCUGUACGUCGCGUACCUGAUUGCGAAGAGGGACCCCAAGGCGAGCUUCUGGAUGAUUGUGCUGGCUACGUGCGAGCUGUACGGAGGCUUCAUGACCUUUUGCCCCGAGUGGCUCACUGGUAAUGUGAACCUGGAUGGCAGCAACUUCAUGUACAUGUGGGUGUACCUCGUCUUUUUCAAUAUGCUGUGGGUUUUUAUUCCGCUGUAUGCUGUAUGGUACUCGUACAUCGACAUCUCUCACGCGUUUGCUGUUCGUGCGUCAAAGAAGGGUCAGUAG